GAGACAAUGUUUUAUGUGUUUGAACGUUUCUCACAAUGUACCUUUAAAGUUCGCAUACGAACAACCAAAGUGUCUUAUAAUAAUAUUGAAAUUUACCCAAAAGAAAAAUUUUUACCACAACAAGAAAUAUUGGCUAAAGCAAACACAAAAUUUCUUGUUAGCCAUUGUGGACAGAAUAGUUUGAAUGAGGUAUAG